AUGGCUACCCCUAGUGUCCUAGUCUUUGACGCCGAGGGUCGCGCCAUUAACUUUGAGGUCUGGCUAGACGACCUGCAGCUGUUCUUACAGUGCGACAGAGCUGACGGCCUUUCUCUCUUUGACCUCACCUCUGGCGCCUCUCCUGCUCCUGCUGCCGAUGCUGAUCCCACUGUUCGCUCUCAGUGGGCCACCCGCGAUGCUGCUGCACGUCUUGCUGUGCGUCGCCACCUCCCUACCUCUGAGCGUGCGCACUUUAGUCAGUACAAGAGUGCUCAGACCUUGUACGACGCUGUCGUUGCGCGCUACUCCUCCCCUGCCACUGCUGCACUGAGCCGUCUCAUGCUUCCCUACCUCUUUCCUGACCUCUCUGCCUUUCCCACUGUUGCUGACCUCAUUACGCACCUCCGCACUAGUGACACUCGCUACCGCGCCGCCCUUCCUGCUGAGGACCACUUUCUAGCAGUCUGUCCCACCACUCUCACCGUCGACCUCCUCGAGAAGGCCCUCCUCUCAGCUGAGAAGAGCAUAGUUGCUGUAGGGGCUUCUCGUGGUGACCCUCGCACCCCCAUCUUUGAGGGGUGCUCUCCUUCCCCCUUGCUGCCCUCUGUUGCCUCUGCUGCUGCUGCCGACCUGCUUGGUCUUGAGUCGGUCGGCGCGGCGUCUGCCCCUAGUGGGAGACGUCGCUCCAGCAAGGGCAAGGGGGGCAAGGGCGCGGGUGGAGCUGGAGGGAGCGGUGGAGGUGGCGGCGGUGGCGGCGGCGGGAGUGGGAGUGGCGGCGGGAGUAAUGGAGGUGGUGGUGGUGGUGGCAGCAGCGGCGGAGACGGUGGUGGUGGCGGCGGCGGUGGUGGAGGUGGCAGCGGCGGAGGUGGAGGCGGCGGAGGUGGAGGCGGUGGAGGCGGUGGAGGCGGCGGCGGAGGAGCAGGAGGUGGUGGAGGGAGCGGAGCUGGUCGGGGUGGUACCCAGCAGCGUAGCGGCGGUGGUGGUGGCCAGCGCUCGCAGCGGCAGCAGCAGCAGCGCUCACGGGACAUCCCUCCGCCCCAGCAGCUUCGUGAGUGGUACGCUGGGCGUCUGAGGGGUGGGGGGUACUGGGCUGGUGUAGCGAUCUUUGAUCUUGAUUUUGAUGCUAUCCUUGCUGCUAUGUAUGCUGUGACUUAUAGUGAGGAGAAUGAGGGUUACCGGUGUUUCCAGCCCGACCCGGGCAUUGGUACUGCUGCGCUAGGUGCUUGUGAGGCUGCUGCUCUAGGUGCCAGUGCGUCUGCGCUCUCAGGUACUGGUGAGACUGCGCUUUCAGGUACUGAGUCGCCCUCGUCCUCCCUCACUUUCACACUUGACUCCGGAGCUUCUCGCUCCUUCUUCCGAGACCGCACUACCCUUACGCCUCUUGGCCGGCCGGUUGCGGUCUCCCUUGCUGACCCCUCUGGGGGUCCUGUCCUGUCUCACUUCUCCACUGUCCUCCCGUGUCCGGCUGCCCCUUCAGGCACCCUGUCUGGUCUGUACCUUCCCUCGUUCUCCACGAACUUGGUGAGUGGUGCGGCCCUACAGGAUGAGGGGUUCACCAGUCAGGUAGCUGCGUCAGGUCAGGUGUUUGCUGCUGCGUCCCGGUCAGGUCCUGAGUCUGCCCCCUGUUCUUGCCGCCUCCUGUCUCACGAGACUCUUCUGUGGCACCACCGUCUUGGCCACCCCUCCUUGCCCCGUCUUCGGAGCAUGGCGUCCCGUGUCCUUGUCUCUGGUCUUCCCCAGUCUCUCCCUCCUCUCCCCUCCGGGCCAGGACCUUCCUGUGUCCCCUGUGUCGAGGGUCGCCUCCGAGCUACUCCUCACUCCUCCCACUUCCCCCCGACAGAGGCUCCCCUGCAGACGCUUCACAUGGAUGUGUGGGGCCCAGCCCCCGUCCGUGGGCAGGGUCACGAGCGCUACUUCCUGUUGGUGGUUGACGACUACUCGCGUUACACCACAGUCCUCCCCUUGCGCAGCAAAGGUGCGGUCACUGAGGUGCUGAUCGACUGGAUCCGCGAGGCUCGUCUCCAGCUCAGGCAGAGAUUCAGCUCGGACUUUCCUGUUCUGCGUCUGCACUCAGACAGAGGCGGAGAGUUCUCCUCUCGCCUUCUGCGAGACUACUGUCGCGCACGGGGGAUCCGCCAGACCUGUACACUUCCAGACUCUCCACAGCAAAAUGGGAUUGCUGAGCGCCGCAUUGGCAUGGUCAUGGAUGUCGCUCGUACGUCCAUGAUGCAUGCGGCUGCCCCCCAUUUUCUGUGGCCGUUUGCGGUGAGGUACGCGGCGCAUCAGCUCAACCUUCACCCCCGGGUCUCUAGGCCUGCGAUGUCCCCAGCCUUGCUGUGGACGGGGAAGGUUGGCGAUGCGUCUGCGUUCCGUGUCUGGGGAUCUCGGGCGUUUGUCCGCGACUUGUCUGCGGACAAGCUGUCCCCUCGUGCUGCUCCCUGUGUCUUCCUUGGCUUCCCCACUGACGCCCCCAGGGUGGCAGUUUUACCACCCCUCCUCUCGUCGUGUUCUGUCCUCCCAGGACGUCACGUUCGACGAGUCAGUCCCCUUCUACCGUCUCUUCCCCUACCGUACCUCCCUCCCCCCCCCCCCCCUCCCCCGGACUUCCUGGUGCCGGCUCCUCCCCAGGUAGACCCCCUUCCCCCUCAGGUUCCUGCCCCCUCAGGUGUGUCCCAGGUAGACGCCGCUGACCCGGUCGAGGUUACUGGUGACUCUGGUGCUGCUGCGGGUGCUGAGCCUAGGGGUGCUGACUCUGGGGGUGCUGUGCGCGGGGGUGGUGAGCCUGAGUGUGCUGGGCCUGGGGGUGCUACUGCGGAGAGUGCGGAGCCUGGGGGUGCUGAGCCGGGGGGUGCUGUGCCUGGAGGUGCUGGGUCUGGGGGUGCUACGUCGAGAGCUGCUGAGCCUGGGGGUGCUGAGCUGGGAGCUGCUGAGCCUGGGGGUGCUGCGUCUAGAGCUGCUGAGCCUGGGGUUUCUCCUGCUGCGCCUCGCCGGGAGCCCCUCUCUCCACAGGAGCUGCGCGAGUGGUUCGCUCGCCGCUGGAGACGUGCUGCUGAGUCUGGCGGUGCUGUUGGAGCUGGAGCUGGUGCUUCUGCGACCGUCGAGGGUGCUGGUGCUGCCAGUCCCGGAGCUGCUGGACCUGCGGGUCCUCCUGAAGCUAGAGCUGCUGGGGCCGUUGGUGCUGAGACUACUGCUGUUGGUCCUGCCGCUGGAGGAGUGGGUGAUGCUGGUGCUGUUGCUGAGGGUGCUGGUGCUGUCCCUGCUGCGUCUGGAGCUGCCGCGCGGCCUCGGCCGUACUUCGUCCCGCUUCUGCAGCAGGUUCUUGGUCUUUCUCCUCCAGUAGAGGGUCCACCGCCUGUCCAGUCGCAGUCCCUGCUGGAGCCUUCCUCUCCACUGCCUGCUCCCUCUCCUUACACUGGUCCUACUGGAGGUCUUGCUGAGCGUCGUGAGCCUGCGUCUCGUCCCGCGUCGCCUGUUCGUGCUGCAUGCGCUAGUGGUCGCAGUUCGCGUCAGCGUCCUCCUCCUGUCCCUGGCACGCACCGGAUGUCUCUGCGUCCGUCCACUGCUCCUCUGCGUGCCCCUUUGCCUUCUCCUCCUGAGUCCUCUCUUCCUGCGCUUGCCGACCCUGAGUCGGACUCUCUUCGUGCUGCCAGUCCUACUGUCACGCGUCUACUUGCUAUUGUCGUCACUGACCCCUCUUUUGAGUCCAGUGCUGCGUCUGCUCUUGUCGCUGAGCUUGUCGACUUUGCUGCUCGCUGUCGUCUAGACUACGCUGCUAGUCUUGUUGCUGAGUCUGCGUCUGUCUGUCCUCCGUCCGUCGGGGGGGUGAAGCGGCCGCCUGGCUCUCCACCUGUCUUCAAGGCGCGGUACGUUGCUCGUGGCUUCAGUCAGCGGCAGGGAGUUGACUACUUUCAGACCGUCUCUCCCACCCCGAAGAUGACCACUCUUUGGGUGCUGCUGCACAUAGCCGCUCAGCGCGACUACGAGCUUCACUCUCUCGACUUCAGCACUGCGUUCCUGCAGGUCUACAGUCUCCGCCAGGCACCGCGUGAGUGGCACGACACACUGAGGACUACGCUUGCGGCUCUUGGGUUUGCUCCUUCUACUGCUGACCCGUCGCUGUUUCUGCGCACCGACACUUCCCUGCCGCCGUUCUACAUCCUCGUGUACGUCGACGACUUGGUCUUUGCCACAGCGGACACUGCUGGACUCGCCUACGUGAAGUCCGAGCUGCUGAAGAGACACACGUGCACAGACCUGGGUGAACUGCGCAGCUACCUUGGCUUGCAGAUCACUCGGGACAGAGCACGCCGCACCAUUACCUUGACUCAGUCACACAUGGUGCAGCAGGUCCUUCAGCGCUUCGGCUUCACGUACUCCUCGCCUCAGGCCACUCCUCUGCCUACUCGCCACUCACUCUCAGCUCUGCCUUCGGAUGAGUCCGUAGAGUCGAGUGGUCCGUAUGCAGAGCUUGUUGGCUGCCUCAUGUACCUGAUGACCUGCACACGACCUGACCUUGCAUACCCUCUGAGCAUUCUUGCACGCUAUGUUGCUCCUGGCAGACACCGACCAGAGCACAUGGUUGCAGCAAAGAGGGUAUUGCGCUACCUGUGCAGUACUUGUGAGGCUGAGAUCUACGCCGGGGCCAUGGCUGCACAGGAGCUUCGCUGGCUCACCUACCUGCUGACUGACCUUGGAGAGCCGCCUCGUUCUCCUCCAGUGCUGUACGUAGACAACAAGGCCAUGCUGGCCUUGUGUCGAGAGCAGCGCUUGGAGCACAGAACGAAGCACAUUGCUCUCCGCUACUUCCUUGCUCGUGAGCUGCAGCAGCGUGGUCAGUUGCGACUUGCGUACGUGGCCUCUGAGGCCAACACUGCUGAUGUGUUCACCAAGGCACUCGCGCCUUGUGACCAUCAGCGCUUUUGCACCCAGCUGGGUCUUUGUGCCUGUCUUGCCUCACUUGCUCUCCUCUUGACUUUACUUGUACUGUGA